CAUAGGGAGGGGCUGUGACUUGCCAUGGUCACCCAGCUGGUCAGUGACAGAGUUAGGAAUAGAACCCAGGUCUACUGCAUCACAGUCCAGGGGGCUACAUUGCCUCUCUAAAUGAUGCCCUUCUCUUUUUUAACGCUUAUGUCCUUCAAGUACCUGUAGCUAUCUGCCUUCCCAUGGGCGUUUAGUCAAAUUUGCUUCUUUAGCUCUCUGUCCUUCCAGCCGCUAAAUACUGUGUGUUGCUCUUCCCAGUACUGUACUAUAUGACUCUGGUACUGCAGUGUCCCAGACAAUUGCAUUCUGGUGCUCAUGAGCCUACAGAGGGCCUUGCUCUGUCAAUGUACCAGCCAAUGUGCCAUGUCCUAUUCCCCUGGCAACAGCCUGCCCUAGCAGAGUGUGAGCUCUCUGCCUCUUGUUUGGAUAGCUGCUUUUCAGCCGUGACUCCUGGGCCAUGAAGGCGAGUCCACACAGGCCACAAAAUGAGUGUAUGUGUCUGUCUGUCAGAUAGGGUGGGUAAGGUACUCUUUUAUUGGAGCAACUUCUCUGGUUAGCUGUCUCUCUCCACAUUGGCAGGCAGGAAGUGGCAGGGUGGGUGUGGAUGAACAGUAUAUAUUCCAUAGGACCAGCCAUGUGCCCAGAACAGAAUGCAGCAUCUUAGGGGCAGAGGUGCUUCUCAUCACAGCUGCCUGCUUGUCUUCAAGCUGAUUGCCUUACAGGCAAGGGAAUGUGGACUCACUGCAGCGGUUCGCUGCUCCUUUGUGGAGGGGCAUAAAGGCCAGUAAAAGCAUGGAGUGUGCCCCGCACUUCGUCUGCAUGACUUCCAUUCAGACAUCCUCUCCAGCAUGGCAGCCUCAGUGCCAAUGCACUCUGCCUUGCAGAGAUCAGGCAUUACCUUUGUCAGAGCUUCACACCUCCACAAUAAGGUCUCUGUCUGGGGUGACCAUAUUUCCCUAUGCUGAAUAUGGGACAGCUGGUAAAAUUACUCCUGUUCAAGCAAAUUCAAUGGCAGUAUAACCAUUCAAAUUAACAUCAAGUUGACUGAGUCUCUUUUAAAAAGAAAUACUGAGUAAUUGGAUUCUUUUUAUUUACCUUCUUCUCUUUAAGACUUAAGGGCUCACAGAGGGAGAGGUGAUACAUACACACUCUCUGGUAUACCUCUCUCACACAGGGCGGGUGACGACCCGACCCUCCCUGCCAGGCUCUCUCCACCCUCCAUGCCUGGCUAGGCCCCCGGGAUGGACCCACCUCUCCUGAUACCUGGUGACCUAUCUUCCCAAGGCAACAUGUGGGGGGGAACGCAGGGUAACAUGCCCCCUCUCCUCAGAUUUCUGCCAGGGUUCACACCAGAAUGGGGCCAGCAGCAGCCUUUUGGCACGGUGCAGUAGAGAAGAGAUGGGAGCUGCUUCCAGUGCCGGCUGGAAACGGGUCCGGGGAGCAGGGCCCCGCUGUCUGAGACCUGGCACACAGAAGGGGCUAUGCUGACAGACCAGCAGGGGGAGCCGCCAGCCCCGCCCACUGCAUCUUCACUGCCUGCCUUGCACACCCACCCCCAUUGUUGGCCACUGUAACACCCCACUCACCACUGGUGGGUGGGUGGCUGGUGAGCCAGGAUCUGGCCAGCAGCUGGACCCACCUGUACUGAUGGGGGGUAGACAGAAAAUACGGGACAAUUUGCCUGUUUUUAGAAAAAGUCAAGACACCUGCACGAGGGCUGAAAUACAUUACUGUCUCUUUAAAAAGGGGACAUCUGGUCACCCUAUUUCUGUAGAAACAAGGAUGAAGAAAAGAAGGCCAGGAUACCAUGCUGCUCUGUCCUGCUGAGCUCAUGGUUGGGUUUAGACACCAUGAAUUUGCCCUUCCCUCUCCCACUGAUUUUGCAACAUUUUUAGACAGGGCAACCAACAGCCCCUGCACACCAAGCAGAGACAUCAUCCUUCUCAAUGGGAAUUUGAGUAAUGCAGUAGCUACAUGGGUACUGUAUAAUCAAUUGGACUCUCUUACUUUACACAGAGUGGUGUACAAAUAUUAAUUAAUUACUUAUCUAUUUCCCCAUCCCUGCUCCAACCAUUCUGCCAGUGUCCUUCUGGAGCAAACUGUUUGAUUACUUUGGAUAAUGAUGAGAGCCGAAACAGAAGGAAGAAGAGAAAAGCUGAGGGCUUAAAGCAGCUGGUGCUAUUAGAGUUAGAGGGCCAUGACAAUCCAGUCCAUACCCAAUUCAGGGCAUUUUGGGGGUUGGAAACAAACUUUUCCCAUGAGUAGAACAUGUCUUAAAAUCUUAAAUAUUUUUUGUACAUUGCCCAAACCCAGUGCAGUGUCUUCUAUAAAAGCCUCUAGACUCUGUAUUUUAAAAAUCAGUUUAAAGUAAAGAUGAUAGAGCGAGAUUCUAAUCUGAUGCUCAAAUAGGUCAUUCUGAGCUUUGAGCUCAUUUGCCUUGCAAAGUUGAAAAGCUCAAUACUUUGUUGAUGAGAACUAGAUUCCCCGCCCCACUCAGUUAAAUUAUUAACCCCUCAUCAAAAAGGGAAGUUGGUUGAUAGUCUCUGUCAGAGCCACUACCCAAACCACUGGAGGAGAAAAACUGCCUCUCAAAUAAUGGGGCCCUACAGCAUCUCUAUGAAGAGCUAUGACAUGAAUUUGCUGGGGGAAUUCAGUGACUACAAUGACAAUGACAACACCACAAGAUCCUACGAUGACUACUUUUGUCCAGAAUCAGUCUCGUCACUGGCUAGCGAUCCCACACAUCCUUUCAAGAAGAUCUUUGUGCCCUUAGUUUACCUUCUGAUAUUCCUUCUGGGGACCUUGGGCAAUGCCCUAGUAUUGAUCAUCCUGGAGCGUUACAAGCGCGCCCGCACUACCACCGAGAACUUCCUCUUUCAUCUAGCCUUGGCCAAUCUGGUGCUAGUGCUCACCUUGCCUUUUGGCGUGACCGAGAGCUUGACCGGCUGGAUCUUCGGCACUUUCCUUUGCAAAGUCCUCAGCGCUGUCCACAAAAUCAACUUCUACUGCAGCAGCAUGCUGCUGGGCUGCAUCAGUGUGGAUCGCUACCUGGCCAUAGUGUAUGCUAUCCACACCUACAGGAAGCGCAGAGUCAGGUCCAUCCACCUCACUUGCCUGGCCAUUUGGUUCAUCUCCCUGGUGCUGACCUUGCCCGAUCUAGUGCUCAUGGAGGUCUGGUCAGACAAGAGCAACCACAGUGUCUGCAAUUUCCAGCAAGUUGGGAUUCAUGGCAGCAACAUGUGGCUGGCAACCCGCUUCCUGUAUCACAUUGUGGGUUUCUUCGUGCCCCUGCUGGUUAUGUGCUACUGCUAUACAGCCAUUGUGAGGACCCUGUGCCAGUCUCAGCGACUGCAGAGGCAGAAGGCCGUGAGAGUGGCCAUCCUGGUCACAGGGGUGUUCUUACUCUGUUGGAGCCCUUACCACAUGGUCAUAUUUUUGGACACGCUAGACAAGCUGGAAACCUUACCGAACGAUUGUGCCUUGGCGGACCAGCUGGGCACCAGCAUCAUGGUGACAGAGGUGAUUGGCUUCACACAUUGCUGUCUCAACCCCAUCCUCUAUGCCUUUGUUGGAGUCAAGUUCCGCAACGACUUCUUCCGGAUCCUCCGGGACCUGGGCUGCAUAAGCCAGGAGACCCUGCAGGAGAUCCUUGAUGUGACGAGGAAGAGCAGUGGGAUUGAGUCGGACACCAUCACUUCUGUCAGCACCUUCUAGUGGGGAAAGAACUGGGCACGGGGCUGAGAUAGACCUUGGUGUUCCUGGCCAGCAGAGCAUGUAAUGCCUUUGGUGCAGGACUCAGCUCUGCGCCUCAGUAUCAUCCCUACCACUUCCCUCCUCUCCACAAGAAACUGAGGUCUAAAGGCCACCAUUCAAACAGCAAAUACUUGCCAACUGUUACCACAUAGUUACUUCCUGUGCUAAGUAUAUGGAGAAAUGGUUUGUGGUAGCCCUUGGUAAAUACUGACUUUACAUAGCAACCACUGCAAAGGGGCUUGCUGGGACCCUAGUAAGUUAGCUCGGAUACUGCAUCCUUCCCACUGGAGGAGCCCCAUGUGCAGAGCCAACCACAGAAUUGGGCCCUUAGAAAAUGACAAACAGGAAAUUCCAGACGACGGAGAGAUUUUUAUCAGAGAAAUGGAAGAGCAUGAUUUAGUCUGUGCAGCUCAUUAAGGUUCUCAGAAGAAAGUGAAACAGCCCGAUUAUUGCUUUUAAUUAGAAACCGUUCUAUGUUUAAUGAAAGUCAUGUAAAAUAUGACAACAUUUAGAGUACGUUUUAGUUAGUUUGGAACGUAGCUGCAUGUUACACACCGUUCUGGUCAAUACAAAGGACUGGACACUGCUCUUCUGACUGCAUCACAGAAUCUGGAAGUAGAAGAGGCCUAUAAGGCAGCCAGCCCAUCUCCUCCAGCCAACGUGGGGUUGUCUCCUGUUGUGCCUUUCCUGGGGCUUUGGGCAGGUUGAGUGCCUCAAUCCCCAACGGCGGCGUUUCUGCGACUCACACUGGGAGACUCUUCCAUAGGCCCAAAGACUUUACUGUCAGGAAUUCCUUUCCUGCCCAUCAGCUGCAUACUUUCUCACUCACUUUCAAUCCAUUUUAUUACUAUUAAUAAUUCCAGUUACUGACUUACUGGAACUAAUUGAUUUCCUUUGAGGGUGAAUAUUCUUUGAGCAGGCUCUGUCCAGCCUUGUAACUGAAUGCUGGCACAGACCCUCUCCUACUUUGAUUACCGGGGGGGGGGAGGAGGAGGGAAAUAAGGCUGAAUGUGUUACUGAUUUGCUUUGGGGGUCGGUUGCUGUAUCUCUUGGUUUUAAGAGCAAGGAUUCCCAUUAUUCCAGAGUAAAACAGAACAUGGAAGGAGAAGAGGAGUUUGGGGGGGUGGGAAGGAGGUUGUUUUUUUGUUUUUGUUUUUUCAGGGGGGGACAAGGGAAAGUUUUUGCUAUGCUUUGUACUGUGCUUUCAGGCAUUCUAGUGCUACUUGCAUUGAUGGUGUUUUUAAAAAUUUCACGCAUUAGAUUUUAGGGUAAAAAGGUCUGAACUUUGACUUCAUACCAGAGUUGUGGGUACCCCGCAGCGCUCAGGAUCAGGCCUCUACACAGACAUGCACCAAACUAACGACAGCAGUUUUAACCCACAGCUGGGGUUAUUUCAGUGCAAGUCUGUGUAGAGCAGCCAUAAGGGACUCUGUUUAACUGGCUGUUUUCCAUUAGCUAUUGUCACAUCGACACGGACAAUGUAUAGGCAAUGCUGCUGCUGCUUUCUUUAUAUUUUUCUUAAUAGGUAAUUUUAGCUUGAAAUGUAUGUUAUAGUUCUGUCUAAAGAGCCAUUGGCCACCACUCAUCCGAGGCACAACCUAACCACAAAUACGUUUGUAAAAAUCUGCUCCAAAAUUAACCUGAUUUUCUAGGCAAAACUAAAACUAUUUCUGCUGAACAGUAUUAAUUUCAGUGUUGUCAAACUGCCCAUGUGGCAGAGUGGAUGUUUGAGCUUUGUGCUAAGGUUACUAGUAGCAUUCACCCAAUAACAAAAAGAGACCAACUACAAUUCACUCACCCCUUUCCAGAAAAAUGAUCUGUCAGAAGAAGAAUCUGUAGGGAAUGAUCCAUAUUUAAAGGAUCACCAUUGGGCUAAAUUCAGGCCAAAAUGGAGCAUUGGUGAAGCAUUUUACCAACUCUAACCCCAACAGGAAAAGUCCAAGGUUUAGAGAUUUUUUUUGUUUUUAAUUCCAAGGGAUGCAACUUUAACAAAAAUAAAAAACAAACGUUCCCUGUGGUGUUCACACCACAGCCACUGAGGAUCCCAGUGAAGCUGAUGAGGUGAUUCUUAUGGUCCAAGCAGGGAGAAAUGCCGAAAAGUUUGUUUAAACUGUGCUACUGUGGCAAAGUCCAGCUACAGUUUGUACAUUAUUUCAGUGUUCAUAACUCAAAGGGGAAUUUUGAGAGGCUUUAUUUUUUUUAUUAUAACUUAUAUCUUGUGUCCCUAUAAACUCACCAUAAAUUUUGUCUGCUGAGUUUUUUUUAAAUGAACUAUAAUGAUUAAAUAAAGUACUUUUUCCAC